AAAUGAUAUAAUUAUUAAAAAACAAUAGAACACAUAGUUAUCCACAACAGUACAUUUGUUACUUGCUUAUUUCAUAACCUCGUGCAGUAUUUGUGUAAUUGUAUAAAAGAUGCAGAAAGUUAAAAGAAAAUCAAAUGAAGAUGAUUCUAGUUCACCUAAAAAGAAGAAGGUGAGCUUCGAGAAUGGUGAUGGCAAGCCGAAACAAGGUGAAAACGUGAAAAAUAAUAAAUUCAAGAAAGAUGCGACGAAAGGUCCUAGUAAGUUUGUAAAGCCUCAAUUCAACAAAGAUGGUAAAGUCAAACAGAAUUUCAACAAAGACGGUAAAGGAAAACCUAAUUUCAACAAAGAUGGCAAAGGAAAACCGAAUUUCAACAAGGAUGGCAAAGGUUUCAAAGGAAAACCUAACUUCGGUAAGGACCAAGCGAAAGGUGGGAAGGGAAAACCGAAUUUUUCGAAAGAUCAGGCAAAUGGCGAGAAGCCGAAGUGGUCUGAGAUGAAAAAGGAAAAAAAAGAGCUGAGGCUGGUGAGGCGCAAGGCUAAGACCACAGCUGAAGUGUUUGAAGUGUCUCACAAAGCUAAAUUGUUGGCUGCACAGAUACAAAGGAAAGUUGUAAAACCAGAUUUCAGAUUAAAUUCCUGUAAAGAACUGCAUUGUUUACUGAAAGGCCAUUACAAAUCUAUAGCCCUAACACAUGAUCUCAGCCGAGUCAUACAAGUGUUACUCAAGUAUGGCCCAGAUGACAUCAAGAAUGAGAUUACGGAGGAACUGUUAGACUUAAUGGUGCAAAUGGUACAAUCUAAGUAUGGCCAGCAUGCUGUUAAACGAAUCUUGAAAUAUGGAACUGAUUUCAUUAGGCAUGAAGUCCUAAAGAAGUUCUAUGGCCAUAUUGUAUCGAUUGCCACUCAUGCAAUCAGCGCUCCGGUAUUAGAUUAUGCUUAUGGGGAGUUUGCUACUAAGAAGGAGAAGUGUCAUAUGCAACAAGAAUUUUAUGGUGACAUUUAUAAAAAUACAAAGGAUGACAAAGUGAAGACAUUGAGUGACACAUACAAGGAUAGUCCUGAAAUGAAGACUGCCAUUCUGCAGGCUUGCAAGGCCAACAUACAGAAGAUUUUAGACAAAAAUCUUCAUGAUGGAGAAUUAUUCCACUCAAUCCUGUAUGACUACAUUCGUGAGUGUAGUGCGGAGGACCGUGUAGAGUUAAUCUCGACACUUAGUCCUCUCAUUGUGCCUCUCAGUAACUCACUACCAGGCGCCAACGCUGCCUCUAUCUGUGUUUGGCAAGGAACCAACAAAGAUAAAAAGACUAUAUUGAAAGUGGUAAAGGAACAUGCAGUGCCACUCAGUAAACACAAGACUGGCUAUCGCCUACUCAUCGCUAUAUUCGACUCCGUUGACGACACGGUUCUAGUCAAGAAAGCAAUUGUUUCAACAUUAGCUAGUAAUUUGAAAGAUAUUGCUAAAGAUCAUUGGGGUAAUAUGACCCUACACUGGCUAGUGAAACCAAAAGAUUCUGGCGCUUUCCACCCUAGUUUUAUAAAGUUCUUGGAGGAGGGUGCCAAAAGUGGCACAUCCAAAAAAGAUACGGAACUUCGUGUAUCAGAACUGAGGGAAGCUAUCCUCCCAGCUUUGAAGAAGGAUAUGGAAGAAGAACCAGAAUUCUGGCUUAGUAGUAAAACGAAUAUGCUGCUGACUGUUGCUGUGUUGUCAAUAGAAUCAAGCAAGGAAAUCUUAGAAGCUUUAGCCAAGGUCAUAUGUAAACCUGACUGGCGCAUCGCUGCUGAUGGUAAAGAGUUAUUGGCAGUGGAAGAUGCUGGCAUUCACAUGUGUCUGAAGAAACUGGCGGCCCUGGAUAAAGAUAAGGAUGGCAAUACCUUGGGCGAGGCUAUCGCUGAAAACUUGGAAGAUGAAACUAUUAAACUAUGGCUUCCAACCAACAGAGGAUGUUUCUUCCUGCUGAAAUUAAUAGAAAACAAUGAGAACGCAGCGAGCGCUUUAAAAAAGAAGAUCAAACCUCACGUGAAUAUAUUGAAACAGCAAACUUCGGAGGGUGCUAAGCAUCUCUUACAAACUGUACAGAAAAAAUAAACACUUGUUUUGAACUUAUUGUA